AUGGCACCCAAACUCUCAGAAGAGGAGAUUGAUGAUCUCAUUUACUUUUCAAGAGCCGGCGAGGUCGCUGAUCUCGAAGAGACGCUCAAGUCCCUGUCGGAGCGCGAAGACGCCUCUGUAGGCGAGGUCAUCACCGCCGCCAAGGAUGAGGGCAAGUCGACCUGCCUGCACAUGGCUGCUGGCAACGGUCACCUUGAUAUCGUAAAGGCGCUCAUCACGGCAUUUGAUGGCCGUCCCGCAGACGAGAAGAAGGCCUACGUCGACGCCGCUAACGAGUUUGGCAACACGGGCCUGCACUGGGCGUGCCUGGGCGGCCACCUUGAGGCCGUGAAGUACCUCGUCAACCACGGCGCUUCCCCUGCGGUGGCCAACGACAAGGACCAGAUUCCUCUCGACUCUGCGCUAUUCAACGACAAGCGGGAGGUAGCGGACUGGUUCCUGGCGCAGUCUGAGAAGAUGGAGGGCGGAAACCAGGAGGAAGGGCUGAGCGGUGCCGCGGCAGGUAUUGAGAUUGAGGAUGAUGGUGCCGUCGAGGAAGACAAGGGCAAGGAUAAGGCUGGCGAGAGCAGCAAGACUUCAUAG